CCUUGAACGAAAGAUUAUCCUCCAGAACCACAACGCUUCACGCCAAGACACCCAUCAUCAUGCGUCUCUUGCUGUCGACAGCCUUCUUUAUUACCCUUCUCUUUCUGGGAACUCUUGCCCGCAGUGCUGCAGUCGACGACAAUGCUGUAGCAGGAGUAUCUGAGCGCUCAGAUAUCGCAGGGGCGAUUGAGCGCCGAGCAAAGCCGAAGUUCAAGAUCCCUUCCAUUAACAAGGGCAAUAAAAACAAACAGCAGAAGGACAAGAAGAAGAAGAACAGAAAGAAGAAGAAGUGCAGGGGUCAGCAGCCAGCAGGAGACGAAUCCGACUCCGAAACAGAAGACUGCCCGACCUCGACGAGGCCGUUGGCCCGACCAACGUUUCCACCUGUGUAAGCGAGGGCGACGUCAGGGUGAUCAGUCAACGCAACCAACGAAGCAAACCCCACGCGAGAAGCCACGCAAUUGUCGUCUGCAGAACCAUAACAAUGGCGGCAUCGAAAAAGAACUCGGAUAGACACGCAUCGAAACACGGCUAUUUCGCCUUCGCCAGUCAUCACCCAAUGAGAACGCGCUCGAGUCAACGAAACAGGCGUACCUAUGGACGGGCGCAGAAUGGGACACAGGCAGUCAGAAUGAGAUUUAGGGAGACAAAAAGAUUGAAGAGGAAACAUACGAGCGGAAGAAAUCCAACUGGCUUAUCAACCAAAAUUUGUCAGGCCAGGCCGUCCGUGGUACCCCGUCAACGUUCGAUACCAUGGAAGAUGAAGAAAUAGACCGGGUUGACUUGUGUAUCGGUACUGGAAACAGGUGUAUGCGGUCUCGCCUUUGCUAGAUAAUCUCCGUGGCGAAAGGUCAUUGCCAAUUCAAAUAUCGCUCACC